AUGUCGGCGGUGCCAAGACAAGCAACUCCCGUGUUCGCGCCCAGUCAAGAGGACAGUUUUCAAGCAUGGAUCGAUUGCGAGUUUUUCCAAGGACCAAAAAUGGUCCGUUUUCACCCCCGUGGUGGCUCUGCUGCCCGAGAGCCAAUGACACCGGAUCAAGGAUCAUCGCCUCCUUGGUCGACAGUCGCCAGCUCUGGAGGAGCGUUACCUGAGGGACAUGUCCCUGAUGAGAGUCAACUCAGUCAGCCAUCACCGGCCGCCUCGUCCAACAGCACACCAAUGGACACAGACUCGGGACGCGCCAUUCCACCUCAGGGUUCCAACUUUAUCCCCGGCUUGAUAACUUCGGACAGCUUUGAAAGCGACCAAAGCCCACGUCUUCAGCAGUUGGGCCCUUCAACCACGCAAGCCCCAUAUUUGCCCUCCAUUAGCCAGCUUAAUCCAGGAAUCUACGGAAGGAAAAGUGAUCCAGCAACCGCACUUGAUCAAUCAUUUCUCCAGAACUCUCCCCCUGCCUUCACAUCGUCCAUCUCGUUCUCACCCACGUCUAAUAACGAUAGGCGGCUGUUCCCUUUAGAAGAUGUUCAAGAAGCUUGCCUUUUAAGAUACUAUAUCGAAGAGAUUUCUCACUGGUUUGAUCUCUGCGACGAGAGCCGCCACUUCCACCUGGUUGUACCUACCAGAGCCAGGGAUCAUCCCCAUCUCCUGAACGCUAUUUUUGCAGUGGCAGCCCGUCACUUGAGUCGCCUUCCUCAAUACAAGACGUCGAGGGGCAUUCUGUAUCACGGUCAGCUGCUCACCAAGUUGGAUGAGCAUUCCGCAGUAGAGUACAUGUUGCAGUGUAUGCCUGCCCUUCGAGAGUUUCACAAUGUUCGUGAUGACGACCAUCGAGACAGCAUCGUCGCCACCGCUGUUAUCCUUCGGCAAUUGGAGGAGAUUGAUAACGAAGAUGAUUCGCCAUCGGCUUCGGGUCAACCUAGCAGCAUGUUUUCGGGUUCUGGAAAGCAAGUCAACUUUCUUGCAAUAAUAGAUGCUGUUUUGAGAAGUCCCCCAUCACAAUCUGUAUUUGGACGUCGGAGCUUGAUGCAAGCCGCGUAUUGGAUGGCUUUGCGACAAGAAAUUUACCAUUCUUUCACGCGCCUUGAAGCCCCGCAGCUCAUAUUACCCCCGGAAUUUUGGCACAGUGCUUCCAAAGCCAACAAGACGGUCAUGCAUCUUGUCCAAGUCGCGAAAUGGAAAUGGGGGGAUGGUUCUGAACUUGAAUGGGAGAGACUCAUGGAUCAACAAGAUGAUCUUGAGAGACACAUCCUGCUCGACAUCGAACCUAUUUACAAGAAACCAGCAGACAAGUCAAAGGGGGAGAUCUUUCCAACGGUUUGGUACCGGUCAAAUAUCGAGGUGACAAGUAUGCAACUAAGUCUAUUAGCCAAGUCGGUGCUGGUAGCCGAAAAUCCACGUCUCAAACAACAGUCUGCGUCUCGAUCUAGUUGGAGGCAAGUUGAGAAUGAAGUCAGGAUUCUUCUCCUCGAACAAUGCGGAAUCGGCCUUUGCAACCCUGCAUCGCCACCCGCGCUUGUUCAUGCUACAUUUGGCAUUCAGCUCUAUGGGGAUUUCUUCACGGACCAUUACGAGCGUCAAGCAAUCAGGACGGUGGUAGAACGAUAUCGAGAUACCCAUGCUUGGCCGGUGCAACGACUUUUAGACAUGUUUCGGUGA